UUGCAAGUCGCCGCAUGAGGGCGAUAAAUCGCAUUAAGGAUAUUUUGUCUCUCGCAACUGAUUGAUUGAUUGAUUUUAUAAAAACAUUAGAAUUACAAAAUGAUGACAGACAUGGAAGAGGUAGAGGUGAAGAAAAUUCAGUUACAAAUUGAUAAACACGAUACCAAUGAAGUCGAAGUGAAUUUUUCAGAAGUUGCAAGCAAGUUAGUUGAAAGUUUAUUAAAUAUUGAACAACUACCAUUGGAACAAGUUCAAAAAGAAUUUACUGAAAUAACAAAUAAACAAGAAACUUUACUUCGUCAGAUGCAAAUUGAAAAUAAAAAGUUUCACGAAAUUUGCAAUAAACCCAAAUUGAUUGAAAUGUUUCAAACUAUUGAACUUUAUCAAGGGAAGUUAAAUUUAAUGAGGAAAGAAAUGAUUUCUGUUCAUGAACGAAUCUUCAAAUUGAAAAAACGAGCAAGGAUGGUGAAACAGAUAAAGCAAAAAGUGGCCUUGAACAGAGAACGACAACGAGAACAAGAAGUACGUCGUGAACAAGAAUUAAUUGGACGAUUUGAUAAGAAAGAAGAAUCCCGAGAAGAAGGAGGUAACGACCUUAGAAGGAUCUUGGACGCACCGAAGAACCUGUUUGCCGGGUGGAGAAGUGGGUUUAAAGGAUCCCGAGGAAAAUCGCGGAAGGACGAAAGCAGAAAUCACGUAAUACGAGCCACUCGAGCGACUCUGCCCUUCGCACUCCAAUUGCUUCGAGGUAGCCUGUAAUCCGGCACACGUUACAUCACGAUCACGAUCACGAUAUCCACACCCUAUCUCCGUACGCGUGUGGAACCCGUGGAAUCCGCGGCCACGGAUCGCCAACGAAUACAGGCCUGUCUCCUGCUCGUAAUACAACCGUGAUACCCUGAAAAAUUUUACGAUUAUUCUCUAGCCGAAUGCGAUUAACGCGAGGAAUUCUAUUUCGUUACGAUAUACGUAACGUUUCGCCUAACGUUAGACCCAUAACGACCGCGAUCAGGUUCAUUCGAAUUAAGACCAAUUCUUUAUAACUAACAGCUUAUUAAAUGUUCCUUUUUUAUCGCGAUACGAACGAAACUGUGCGCCACCGUUAAAUAAUUCAAAGAAAUUCUAUGGUUAUUGUUUCAUCGAAACAAAUAAUACGAGAUUAACUGGAAGGAAAUUUUCAAUCAAUGAGUAUGUAGUAUGAAAUGAACGGCAGAAAUGUAACGCGUUGUUCUAAUGAAGAAAAAAGACAGUAGAGGACAGCUCGAAGGAGGAAACCUAAGAUAUUACUCCACUUUCGUACGCGACAAACGAGCUCACUCUCUCUCUCUCUCUCUCUCUCUCUCUCUCUCUCUCUCUCUCUCUCUCGUUAAAAGUUCAAUUUAAUUCAAUCGCUCUGAUUCAUAUUAAGAGCCUGAAUUAACCGAAAUUGCUAUUAAAAUCAUCCGUCCGAAGUGAUCUGAAUUGACGCGACAAGCAUCGAGGGGACGGUGUAUUUACGAAUGCCUAAAAUUUCAUCGAUUAUUGUAAUGGUAAGAUCGUGGAAACAGAUAUGUUAAAAAUGAAAAAUUUGAUGAAACGCGUUCGUUCGAUCGAGCUUUGAUAAAGAGAAGAGAAAGUAAAUUUGAAUGUCAGCCAAGCGAAAAUCGAUCGAAAAAAGAUGAAAUUCGAUCGGAAACGAACGCGAAGACGUUCGAUAACGUGGUCCGAGGUACAUCCGUGUAAGUACGAGGUAGCAUUUACGAUGCGCGACAGAAAGAAUCGAUAUUCUGUUCGAACGUGCACUUGAUACGGCCAAGCUAAAGGCAGUAACGCGAAAUUAAUGUAGAGCAAAGUCAGUGGCCGUAGCUGCAAACACCGCGCUGAGCAGCUAGCAACGAUUUUCGUUGAAAAAUUUCACGAAAUUUCAGUAAAACUUCGAUACUGUCUCGGAUUUACCUUACAAUUGCGAGAAAUUUUCCAUACAUAAAUAUGUAACGUACGUUCGAAAUAAACUGUUAUCGAUUAUCGAUCUAACAUCGAUUCGUUGAGACACAUUGAUCGAAUAGAUUUCGAAACCUCGUCGUGUUACACGCGUUCGCAAUUAUUUCUCUAAUCAUAUUUGAUGUUAUCAUUCUUGUGGGAUCGGCAUUUACAAUAAGUGCCAAUGAUCGAAUUAAUUCAUUAAUACAUUUAUAUAUUAAUAGAUUUAUAUAUUGAUAGAUUUAUAUAUUAAUAGAUUUUGCGUGAACGACAUCGUACGCGUUCUUUCGUCGCUUCAUGAUUAAUUGAAAAUUCUAAUCAGAAUCAGAUCUAAUAAUUUCGAAAUAAGAUUAGUUAACGAAGUUAGAAGAAAAGGAAAAAACGAAGCUUAAAUAUUCGUUCGAGUAGCCUUCCAUUUAUUUCCCUGCUGGCAUUUUCAGGCUUUGUCUCGGUAGCGAAUACGUGCCACUAGGUCGCGCAGGAAACGUAGUCCUGGCGUAAAAAAAAUUCCAACAGAAUUUCAGAGAAAGAGAAAACAAUUGUAUGCACUCGUCGAGAUGGAUGCAGAUACGUUCCGAUCGUUACAAAUUGACCAAAGAGAUUCUCUCCGUCGCGUCGUCUCGAGCGGAAGUAUCUACGUAUGUUAGAUCCUGCUUUUUCUAUUAUCGAAAAGUUUUCUAAUCUAGUUACAGGUAGAGAUUUAUUUUACUUCGCUGCAAUACCGACACCAUUCGUUUAUCGAUCUUUCUAUGCAGAUAGAACGUGACAAGUUAUCCAGACGUGUUUUUGCAACGUUUGGCAAGAUCCAAUGAAAAUCUAUAAGCCGUAUUGGCUUCGACAGCGUCUUAUCUUGCCAGAAGUAGUCUCGAAAAUACGCUCGCUUUAUCGGUGAAUUUAGCCAGCAUGCCUUUGUUUCCUCUGCCAUGCCAUUUGCAUAUCACGAAUGCACCGUUCUCUCUUCUUUUUUCGUUACCGUGAUGGGUAUACCUUCAUCACGGAACAUGUAAUCUCUAAAGCUGUGUGUCAGCUACCAGAAGCUUCACGGAACCGAUUACGUCGCGAACAGAACAACAUCUACGCGAAAACAGAUAUUUAUUUCAAAUAAUCGUUCGAAAUGUUCAACUUUCCAACUAUCUACUCUACGAUAGAAUGACCGAUUUCAAAUUUUUCCGAUGAAAAUAAAAAUGAAAAUAUUAUAUUUUCACCGUGACGGUGAAAUACUAGUAGCCAGUUCGACGACUUAAAUUGCCUACGAUGGGUUAAUUGAUUGGUACGAUAGAUAAAAUCGAGAAAAAUCGAGAAAAAUCGUCGCGAUAGAAGCGCCGAUCGAUGCAAAUGGUGCGUGUACGACAGAGAACUGCGCCGAGUCUAUGCGUUUGUUGUACGAUAACGAGCGAUAAACACCUUAUCACCGGUAACUUCUCUCUAGCGUAUCUCGCUAAAUGUUCACCGAAACGAUAAGUGUUGCAGACGAAACGUUCGACACGUGCCGUGUCGAAUAUUCUCUUUUUACUAAUAUCUUUUUUGCCUAACACAUUUAUAAUAUAUUCUUAUUAACGGUAAGCGUUCACCGACUUUCGGAAAAUCCUAUGUUCCAGGCAAAUUAAUGGGGAUUAAUUAACGCGAAAUCCAAGAUUUCGGGUAAAAGAGCUUGAAAGAAGUUGCGUCGAACAGUUCGCUAGGCAGAAUCUGCCCUACGGUGUUGUUCGAGCGAUCCGAAGAAUAACACCGCUUUCUAAUCCUAUUUAUCCUUUCCUUCGGUUCCUAUCGAAGUCAUCGUACGAGGCGGACUGUGAAAAAGGAAUACUUAGUACGCGCGAAGGGAAGGAACACAAUGUGGAGCAUUGAUAUAUCCGUGGAAUAAGGGAGAGAACCUGACGGCCAUAUCGAUCCAUCCGUCGCCCGAUUGGCUUUUAUGUACGCGCUGGCGUAUUAUACAGAGAGUUUCUAAUAAAUGCCACCGCUGCUGGAACUUCGGACGAUUUUAUGUAACAAAAAAGAGACAGAAAUGUUUAGAGAACCUAACCAACGCAUCAUAGUCACAGAUCGUAGUCAGAAUCGUAGUCAGAAAUUUAGAGAAUCUCGAACCUGAGAAAAGGAAUCAUCCGUAAAGAACGAAAUUCGUCCGAAAAAGGUCGUUCAUAGAUUACAAUAACUGGUAAUUACGUACAGAUCGAUUUACUCUCUACCUACUACUAAUACAAAACAGAAUCGUCUCUGAUAAUGCCUUUGCGUCCCAUAACGAACAACUUUAACGAAAACGAUUGUUUCCUAUCUUCGAUGAUCUACCAGAUAUUUCUGCGCUUCCAGUCGAAGGAAACACAUUGUGCACGAAGAAAUCCUCCAUGGUACGUACGCCGGUCAAGGAAAUAAGUAUUGCAAUCAAUACGCACACAGGCGACGUUGUUCUUGCGUCCUUAAUCGCUUUCCAAGAAGCGUGAAAUUCUCGCGCAUUGGCCAUUUUACUUAAGCGACCGGCACAAUUUUCCUUUUUUCUUUUUUCGAAUAAACGUUACAAUUCUCUUCGCAUUCUCCUCUUCAAACUUUCUUUAGUCGGCUACAGUUUUUCGAUAGAACUUUUAAUAAAUACGAUUCGAUCCUCCCGUUUCGGCGAUCUUUUCUUUUUUCUCCUUUGCAAUGAUCAGUCUCGAGUAAGUAAUUGGUUAAAAGGAAAUACUCCUGAAAUUGUAAAAUAUUAUACUGUUAGCGGACAAAUAUGGAUGCAUCCUAAAUUCAAGUAAUUUAAUAUCGAAAAUAAUGCUGAAUCGAACAAACUCUACUAGGUACUCUAAAGUUAUGAUUUUCUAUCAAAAAAUUUCUAUUAAAUUCUAUUAAAAAAGAAAAAUCACCGCUUCGGUGGUAAUAACACCGCGUAACAUCAAAUUUCUCGAACAUUAAUACGUAGAGCAGAGAUGAAUUACCUCUGACUGUCAAAAUGUUAAUGCGAUUCUAUAAAAAUGAAACACUUUGUCGCAUACUCUGAGGAUCGUUUUCUAGUUGUUACCUUUGCAAUAAAAUGAAUGAUAUGUUCGCAAGAAGAGACGAUAACGCGACUCGUACAACACCGACAUUUCUCUCUCUCUCUCUCUCUCUCUCUGAAAAAGUGGGACACUGGAAGAUAACGUGUCGGUUAAAUCGUUUCUACCGUAAUCAUUACGUAAACGUCUCGACAAUUAGAGAUCCAUAGUCGGCUAUACAUAUCGUGCAAUUAGAAAAA